GAGGGAAGCCCCCCACGCGUUGCGCGCUGAAAUCGCCGGUAGAAACUUGCGUGUGCACGUGCGACAGGCUAUAAAUGUUUGUGAUCGUGCACGAUACAGCCCCGGACUCCCUCCUCAACAGUUGCUACCGGAGCGGCGGAGAGGAGCGCUGGAGAGCGAAAGAGACAGCAGACUGAGGACGGACGGACGCGGAGCCCCACGCCGCUCUGCCCGGCUCUGUUCCUGACAUGCAGUCGCUCAUCUCUCCGGUGACCAAGGCCAUCCUAGUAGCGCUCUUCAUCUUUGCGAUACUCCUCAUCCUCUAUGUGAUCCUUUGGUACAUUUGCAGAGACGUGGACUGCGACCACGGAAUUUGAGGAUAUUCCAAACGGCAAUACCGGGAAUUUCUCAAUGGGGCGCACAGAGGAGCCCAGGGUCAUCCCGCUAAAUACGUAUUGAAAGGUACGACAAGGAGAGAAGCGAAGAAGGACGACUUCAUAUUGGAACAUGUACCACAGACGGAAGUGCCCCUUUUACCCAGAGCUGCUCGUUUGCUCCUCCACUGCACUGCUCACUCAGUGACAGCCCCAAGCAGAGAUGUUAUCCGCUAUGCGGUGUUAUCUUCUACCAAUUAUCAAACUGUACCUGCUUGCUUUGAAGGUUCUGCUGGUUCAGCUGUUCUGCAGACCGUUCAGGCUGUCAGUGAUGCCCAGACAAGAUGGCAAGGUUGCCAUAGUGACAGGAGGAGGCAGGGGAAUCGGCUAUGAGGUAGUCCGCCACAUGGCCAGGCUGGGGUCGCAUGUUAUCAUAGGUGGGAGGGAUGAGCAGGAGGGUCUGGCGGCCGUCAGAAGGAUCUGUGAAGAGUACAAAGAGGCCAAAGUGGAGUUCACCAAGCUGGACUUAGCGUCUUUGCAGUCUGUCCGUCAAUUUGUCCGGAGCUUCAAGGAGCGGGACCUGCCGCUAAACAUCCUGGUCAAUAAUGCGGGUGUCAUGCUGCUUCCCGAAGGCCGUACUGAGGAUGGAUUCGAGCAGCACUUUGGUGUGAACUACCUAGGCCACUUCCUGUUGACCUGGCUGCUCCUGGAUGCACUGAAGGAUUCUGGGAAAUGUGGUUACUUCUCACGAGUGGUCAACGUCUCCUCCUCUGCCCACCGCGUCGGCGAGAUCAGACUAAAUGAUUUAAAUAGCUGCCAGAGUUAUUCAGCCCAUGAUGCUUAUUGUCACAGUAAGCUGGCACAGCUGUUGUUUAGUUCCCACCUCCACCAGGAGCUGCAGCUUGGAGGUUUCCCACUGAGUUCCUGUGCUGUGGAUCCUGGCAUGGUGGAUACUGCUCUCUAUCGCCACCUGUGGACGCCCCUCUCCCUGGCACAAAGCGCUAUUGCUCGCCUGCUUUUCAGGACUCCCGCAGAAGGCGCCAGCACUGUGCUGUUUGCCGCUCUGUCACCAGCCCUGGAGGGGGAAUGUGGAGGGGGCUACUGGGCCAAUGGGCACAGGGAGAUGACAACACCCCCGACCUUUGACCCCCAGCUGCAGCUAAGCCUAUGGGAUACCAGCGUCCAGUUGCUGGGCCUACAGUAGCAGUGGACAAAAGGACUAACUGGACUAAACCUGAAACAAAACAUCUGAUUGACUUAAAGACACUCGGGCUAACUAGCCACCUUCUCCCUAUUUCUCAGAAUUUCUUGUCCAUCCACACCUCACAUCAAGGUGUUCGUAGCGAUUUAUGUUGACAAUCUGACAAUCCACCGGUGGACUGUGAUUGUUUACUAGAGGAUAGAUGUCUUUUUUGUUUUAGACGAGCCAAAGAAGGGCUACAGGGAAUGAAAGGCGUUUUUUAAAAAUGCUUAAACAUAUUCAAACAGAAUAGGAUUAUAGGAUUUUAUCAUCACAGAUACUGGGCAGCUGCUCAGAUUGGCCUUUAGUAAAGUUUAUUUCCUGAUCAUAAACAAAAGAACCUGAUGUCUGGCCAGAGAAAUAAUUCAAUAGUAUCAUCUUCAAAAACAUACAAUGACACCUGCCUCACUCUGCCUUAAUGUCACUAGCCUGGCUUUCAGUAAAGACGUUCAUUGCCCCUUAGUGAACUAAAUGCUGUUUCACAGGCGUCUAAAAAAGGAAAAAAUCAAAUGUUAGCAAACAUAAAGAUAAUGCAUAAAAAUUAUUCAAUUCUAAAGCUGAAUUUGCCAUUGUGUAUUAGCUCAAAGGAACAUUAAUGAACCACGAAAAUGAACUCUCAAAUCUGAACCCGCCUUGCUGGUAGGGGAAUGUGAUGUCAUUAGAUCAGACAUCACGAUGAACAUCUCGCCAUCACUUGGUUUGACUGGGAGCCCUUUGUGUUUGGUUCAUUUGCUGCUUUUACCAGUUAAUACUGAAUGGUCAUGCUAACUGCUAAGUGUAAGUGUAUUGUGAGCUGUGUUUUUGGUGAAUUCUGCUUUCCUCAUGAAUAUGCUGGGAAUACAUGAUCAACUCCUCUCUCUCUCUCUCUCUCCGCGGCUCAGUAAUUCAUCAAAAGACAUUCCCACUUACUGAUCAAACCCAGACAAAAGUGAAGAAAUCAGAUGCAAACGUUUUUCCUGGUGUUGACAUUUAUUUGAUGCAAGGAUUUCCAGCGUGGUUUGUUUUUUCCUGCACAGAAACAAAACCGUAACCAUGGGGACCAAACCGCACUUCUCUCUGCCCCCAUUUUCCUUUUGUGAUCUGUGUUAAUCGCUUUUACUGUGUGUGUGUGUGUGUGUGUAUGUGUGUGUGUGUGUGUGUUUAUGAACAUGAGUUAGGACUUAACUCCUGCUCUAGACUCAGUUCAUGUUGAUUGAUAGCACAACAAUGGCAAUUCCUGGAGGAACAGCGAUGGGAAGUAGAGAGGGAGGGAAAGCACUUUUUUUUUGUCCCAGUAUUCGAGCUGUGAUUGGUUCUUCAUUGCUGCCGCUUCCUCAUUUGGCGAUGCUCCCAGUGCAUUGUGGGUUUGAGAUUUCCCAGCGGUGAGAGGCAAACUCCAUCUGCUGAGCUGGCUUAUUUAAACAAUCACACUGCAAACAAUCACGUCUGUUACAUGCAGGAAAAUACUAACACACAUACACACACAUACACACUGCGCCAUAAUGCCAUCUCCACUGUGAUAAACCAUUUUAGCUGUGAAGAUGAAAAGUUUGAUCUGAAAUUAACAAGUUUUGGCUACAAAUCCUGCCCCAACAUGCCAUCCCAUUGCUGUGUGUGUAUAUUGUUGCUUUGAAUACUGCCACUGAGCAUCCAGCAAUUGCUAAUAUCUGCCGUAUGUGAAGCAAUAGUAUCACUGUGGAAGCUGAUUCAGCCAGUAGCACAGAGACAGGCAUUCACACAAGUAAAACAACCCAAAAGUGUGAAAGUGUAAAUAUAAAAAAUACCAGCUUCAAGUUAUCCAUGAUAUCAGGAAUUCAAAAGUUCUUCUGUCUACAUGUAUAGAAAAUGUUAAUUGAAGCAGUGGUUGUUGAUGUGUUUCUGAAUGGGUAAAUUAAAAGAUAUAUUGUCUACGAUGUAA